GGCCCAUUCGCAGGACAGAUUCAAUUGUCUCUGUAUGCGUGGACCUAUAUUCGUGCCUUAAGAUGGGUAAACUAGGUGUCUUCGUCCUCAUCUUAACGGGUAUCUCUUUGCCUUUGCAAAUGGUGACCCUGGUGCUUCACACGGUGACGAUGGCGGACUGCCUGAACAAGAACACGCCGCUACCAGACGUGGUCUGCACCGAUACAACCCUCAUACCCGGCACGGUGGCCAUUGAAGCCACGUAUGGCGCCGCUACCCUACUGCUAUCGGUAUCCUGGGUGGCUAACAUCGUUCUAAUCUGCGGCCUCAGACGCCGUUAUAGCAGCAAGAAGGUCUGGAAACGACUUUUUGUCUGGAAAUACGUUAUUAUGAUGUUUUUUGCCGUCUUCUACCACUUUUUGGAGGGGCUGUCUACACAGGGUAACCCGUACACUGCAAGCUUUCUGGGGGUGACCAAAGUGACUGUCGCGUUCCUCAUGUUGAUCGAGAACGAUCGGGAAAGCUUCGGGAAGCCGUGGCAGGCUCGGGUGGAUCGGACAGUUUCGGGAACGUUCGCCAUCGAUAAUAUCCUGCACUUCGUCAUGGCCGUACCGUUCCUGAAGAGCGUGGUGAGCGGGGAGGUCGGGCUGGACGCGACUGUUGUAGAGGGGACGCCUGGGCUGUGGAACGCCUUUCUACUGCUGCUGACUGUCAACAGUGUGGCCUUCAGGUUCGUGUUAGCUCGGUUCUUCCUCCAGCGUUGUUGGAUCGGGAACCGGUCGUACAGCCUUCUGGGUGACGCCUGGGACCUUCGCGACUACAACAGGAAGGUUUCCAUCGACAUGGCCGACGGAGACACCGAGUACCAACCCCUCUCCCGAAUAGAAGUCGACGCGCCCGAAGAGCCGACGAUCACACCCGAAGAGCCGAAGACAGCCGAAGUGACAGCCGAAGACGGCGCAGUCCUCAGUAACCUUACUGACGAACCAGAGCAAGAUAAAGAAAUGUAGACAUAAUGUUGUAUUCUUAUUAAUUAGCAGUACUUAAGGAAAUUUGCAAAUGACGGCAUUUGAAAUAGACGGCAGAAAUGAUAUAGACGUUAGGGAGUUAGAUACGUUAAAUAACGGAAUAUAAGGUUUGAAUUUUUUUAAUCGUUACUACAUUAGGAACUAACUAAGCUUGGUAGCAAUUUUUGAAAUCAGACUUGAGUGAUGGUAAUUAGUUUUUUCUUGUUUAGGCCUACUCUUUAACUGAAAUGUUUUGGAUUAUGCUUUGAGCUGAAAUAUACAAUUUCGUUACAGUGCAGUCAAUGGUAUCGAUAUUUGUUAUAAUGACUACGAAUUGUAUGUCAAACGCCAAUUACCCUAUUAAGAAUUCGUUAUUUUAAUUUUUUUCAAAUUUUGCUUUGCAUAAAAUGAUGAUGCAUGUAAUAUUACCUACACACAAUUGACAUUUUAUUGCAGUGAAUAUUUUUUAAUAUUUAAUUGCUAUAUGACGCUAUAUUGGCUACAGAUGCAUGCAUAGAGAUUAAUUGCUAUGAGAUUUUGAGUUGAUGAAUCAAUUUUUGACGUUAAUUGUGAAAGAAGAAACUCUAAAUCAAGCUAACUGCACGUAUGUUUAACAUGAAGAUGAAGUUGAUUGCACGACAAUGUUUAACUCAACCCUUGGUAUUUUGCUAUGUUGUAUUCAUAACUCAUAUUAGUGAGAAUUAUUAUAUAAGAAAUCAGACAACAAUUACAUAUAAGUACUGCUAUACUUCCGAUCGUAGAAAUAAUAUUUGCGUUGCUAUCGGUUUUCAUUAAAAUGAAUUACGCUUUAA